CGAUAUCGCAGCGGGUCGGAACAUCGCUCGCUGCCGCUGACUGGUGUGAGGUGUCGCGUCCGGCAUCGCUCGCAUAUCGCACGCGACCGGCGCGGGGUGAGCACGUUCGUACGGCACGCAUGCGCGACACCGCUCCGCUAGCAUCGGAACAUUUCUCGCGAACUUUUCACAAGUUACAUAUUAUUAUAAUUUGAAUAAACUAAUUAGUGAGUGAGAGUUAUCGUGACGGCAUUGUUGUGGAACUGCAGUUAUGUUCUGAGUGUGCGAGGUGUAUCUUACGUUUUGAUCACCAUUAAAUGUAGGAUGAGACAGAUAUAUUAAGAGAUUGGGAAGCCUUCACAAUGGCGUAUUACCGGUGCGGCCCGACGGCUAUCGGCAGCCGCACGUCUUGGGGGCCCGUCACCUCGCCCGCCUCCGUCGAGCCCAAGAGCUUCGACAGGCCGCUCAGCGGGAACUUUGAUAGAAUAUUUAAUGCCUUUGAGAGGACUAAUGCCUUCGAGUACAUCCGGAACUCGUUCGAAGGAGGGAAGGAGGAGGAGGAGCGCCACAUCGGGCACGGCGACAUCGUGGUGAACAGGAAGAUGAGCAGCAGCUACGAGCGCGCCGACUGCGCGCUGGCGGCGCAGACGCCCUGCUCCGAGGACGAGGACUUCUACCGGGAGAAGAUCCUGUACUCGCAGGCGAGGCAGCUGUUCCCGCUGCAGGAGGACCUGGCCGACUGGAUCAACAAGACCAUCGGUAUCACGUACCUGUCGGGCGAGAACUUCCUGGACGUGCUGGACAACGGCGCGGAGCUGUGCCAGCUCGCUGCUGUGAUACACGACCGCGCGCGGGAGGCGCUCGACCAGGGACUCAUCGUAGGACCGGUGCCGCAGAUCCGUGGGCGCUGCUGGCAGCGCGCGGCGCGGCGCAGCUUCUUCUCGCGCGACAACACCGAGAACUUCAUCACCUUCUGCCGCGAGCUCGGCGUGCACGAGAACUUGCUGUUCGAGAGCGAUGACCUUGUGCUGCACAACCAGCCGCGGCAGGUGAUCCUGUGCCUGCUGGAGGUGGCGCGCCUGGCCACCAAGUUCAACGUGGAGCCUCCAGGGCUCGUGCAGCUGGAGAAGGAGAUCGCGCUGGAGGAGCGCGACUCUGGACUCGACUCCGCCAUGUCAGCCACAGCAUGGCAGUUCAGAGACGCCUCGCCGCCGCCCAGAGAUGACAACAGAUCAGCCAUCGAAGUACCGUCUAAGACACAAGAUCCCAAUGACUCGCAACUAUCAGCCGUGGACAACGCAGAUGCCGAGAGCACUAAGUCAGACGGCACGGCGGCCAGCACGGACUCGGACGUGCCGCUCAAACCUACCAAUGAACUCGACAAGAGGGUGCAGUUAGUGACGCGGCUGAUGGAGCGCGGCUGUAGCUGCAGCUCGGGCAAGUGCUCCAAGCUGCUGAAGGUCAAGAAGGUCGGCGAGGGACGAUACAACAUCGCCGGCAGAAAUGUCUUCAUUAGGUUGCUGAAGGGGCGGCACAUGAUGGUGCGCGUGGGCGGCGGCUGGGACACGCUGGAGCACUUCCUGUCGCGCCACGAGCCCUGCCAGGUGCGCCUCGUCACCCCCGGCCGCCGCGACCUGCUGCCCGUCCCGCCACCACCGCCCGCCCUCUCACCCGCCAGCAGUAGAGCCUCGCUCACCAAGGAAGCCUCAGUAGCCGGCACCGUCUCACCCGUCGAUAGCAAAGCUUCCUCCAUCAGCGGCAAGACGUCUCCCGUGGAGCUGCGCAGCGGCCGCUCCACCCGCGCCUCCAGCAAGGCGAGCAGCGGCAAGAGCUCCCCGCAGCCCGAGCCGCGCCGCACCUCCACUCCCGUCAAACAGUCGUCUACUCGCAGCCUGCGCUCGGGCCUGACGCUCCCCCUGCGGGCGGACUCAGUGGAUGGUCGUUCCCCCAAGUCCCCCGCGCCGCGGAACAGGAAGCAGUCCGCCCCCUCCAGCUUCAGCACCCCCAACACGCCGACCGGUAGAUCAGUUAGAACGCCACCCGUAGAGCACAGGAAAUCACUCACCUCCACCACAUUGGCUAACACACCUAAGAAGUCCUGCAGUAUGAGUUUGGCUUACGUCCAGAAAGACGAUAAGAAGGCGUUCUGCGGCACGGACCGGCUCAACCAGAUCAAGAAGACCAGAAGCACGAGCGCGGCCAGCACGCCGGCCGAGCCUGCCCGCAAUCCCGCCGAGCCCGCCGCCGCUCGCAAGACGCGCAGCCAGAGUCUCGCCUCCACCCCCGUCAAUGAGCCCAAAAAGACAUUCAACGGCACCAACGGGUACGCCAAGAAGACCAGGAGUAUGAGCCUGGCAACGCCCGUAGACUUCAAGCCUUUGAACAAGAGUAUAUCAGUGAACGGAGCGAUGACGCAGGCCGCCAUCGAGGAGAGCAUCCGGCUGUCGCUGGCCGCCACCAUCGCCGACGACACCUCCGCUAAGAAACCCUUCUUACACAUUAAAGCCAAAUACCGAAGUCCCCCGCCGCGUGAGGUGCCGCCCAGAUAAUCAGUGCACGCGACUAUUCUUCAUUCCACUAGUUUUAAAGUUUGACACUUAACUAAGGCAUCGUUAUUAAAGUUCAAUUAGUUUCGUUAACUUGUAAGCAUUAUUUAGAUCUCUUAACUGAGCAAUCUCAUCUUUAUCAAGCUCGUAGUAUUAAGUAGUCGCUCUAAUGUAAACCACACAUUCAUGCACUCCAUCAGUACGGGAGAACUAGUCAUAAUGAAUUUGUUAUUGUAAUUAUAAUGAUACGCUAAUGUCUAAUGAUAAUUUCCAAUUGCAAUAUUGUAUCUGAUUAAUUUUGAUAACUAUUAUUUUUGUUUGAAUCUUUAUUAUUAUUUCGUGAGAAUUAUGUUAGUUUUAUUUUCUUUAAUUUAAUUUUGAUGUGUGUGAUAUAAUUUUAAACUUCGCAUUUCUUUUAUUUGACAAUAAAGUAAGGAAUUAUGUAGAAUUUGGUUUUGAAUUUUGUUUAUUUUAUUUGAAUUUACUUGAGACAUAGUGUUUGGGUUCAGAUGCAUGGUAGUCGACGUAGUUAGGGUAGUGACAUACAAUUGUGGCCUCACGCACAGCGACCUCCACGGUACAAAUAUUGUUGUUUAAUCCACACAAGGUAUAUUUUCAUACGAAUCGAUAGAAGAUAUUUUUGCACUGACGAUAGAUAUACAAGCACUAGGUAGUCACAACUUGAGUCCGCCGAUACUCAACAUAAACACUGUGUUCACUAUCAUAGAUAUACGAAGGUAGCAUAGACAUAGGGUAUGAACCUAUCUUAUUAACCGUUCAAAUUCAAAUAUAAUGUAUUUAAAAUUCGCUUUACCUAUUUAGCCUAGAAUUCAUAUCAAAAGAAAAAACAAAAAUACAUUCUGAAGCAAUUUUUCAAUAUUAUGUAGAUGUAAUUCAAUUCAUGAUAUUAGGUCUAUGUUCAUUCCUAAUUAGAACAGGCGACAUGUGGAUAUUAGAUUUUAAACAUAACGUAGGGUUGUGGGGAGAUCUCAAUAGUCUUCCAAAUUAUACUGUGUCAAGGAAAUUAUGAUGAUAAUUUUCAGUCAGAUAACAGAAAGUUUAAAUAGCUUCUGAAAAGGCAAAAUUUCAUGCUUUUAGUGAAUGAUGCAUCAUGGUAAGACAAUAAUUGGUUCAUAUCUUACAUGAGUAUAAGCAAUAAAAUAAAGGAAAACAGUGAUAGUAUACAAGUAAGGAAUAAGAUCAAUAACAUUUACAUUCAUAGGUCCAGCCCAAAUUUAAUCAUUAACGUAAGGUAACUGCAAUAAAUGAUAAAAACGUUUUAUUAGUCCUAUUGACGAUCGAUUAUUAGUAUAGGAUUAGAUUCGGUGAGAUUUUUUUCAAUGAUUACCUACAUAAUAUAUAAUCAGAGCUUAGCAUAUACAUAUACAAGGGUGAUAUACAUGUAACUACCGACCUACCUAUCCGCAACACUGUGCCAACGUUUAAUUAUGUAUGGUUGAUAAUAAACUUUUGAUAUUCAAUA